AUGCCGGAAUUAUAUGAGCUCCCAUCAUACUUAGCAUUGAGAGAGUACGCCAAUAGGCAAAAAUGUAUACAUCUCAGAGAUCUUCUUAAGAAUGAAGUUAGGAAUUCAUGUUUAACAGUUAAUUUUGGUGAUAUCUUUAUGGAUUUUACCAGACAAAAUUUAGAUGAAGAAGGUUUUGAGCUCCUCAUAAAGUUAGCGACAGAAUCCAAUUUAAUGGAAAAAAUUAAGUUACAACUAAGAGGUGGAAUAAUCAAUACUACAGAAAAAAGAGCAGUCUUACAUACCGCUCUACGCUCAAAAAGUAACAUUCCUAUUACUCUUGCUUCUGGCCAGAAUGUUUUAAACGAUGUAAGUGAGGUAAAUAGGAGAAUAUUUAAAUUUGCAAAUGCUAUCAGAAAAGGAGAACUUCUUGGAUCUACAGGAAAAAUACUUAAGGAUGUUAUCUGCAUUGGAAUUGGAGGUAGUUAUCUUGGACCUGAGUUUGUUUAUGAGGCAUUAAGAACAACUCAACAAGGUUUCGAAGCUUCUAUGGGUAGAAGAUUACGUUUUCUGGCUAAUGUUGACCCUAUAGAUAUUAGAAGAGCUACAGAAGGACUACAUCCUGAAACUACUCUUGUCAUUAUUGUUAGUAAAACUUUUACAACUGCCGAGACAAUUCUCAAUGCAAAGACUAUUAAAGAGUGGCUUCACAAGGUUCUUAAAAGUGAAGUCGCUGUAAGUAAACAUCUUGCUGCAGUUAGCACUAAUAUUAAAGCUACAUCAGAUUUUGGGAUUCCUGUUGAUCAUGUAUUUGGGUUUUGGGAUUGGGUUGGCGGGAGGUUUUCUGUUUGCAGUGCUGUGGGGCUUGUACCACUUUCAAUACACUUUGGCGCCAAUAUUCUACAAGAAUUUUUGGAUGGGUGCUGGGACAUGGACCAGCAUUACGAAACAGCACCAAUUAGUAAGAACUUACCAGUUUUAUUGGGUCUUGUUAGUGUUUAUAAUUCAACUUUUAUGGAUAAAAAUUGUGUUGCAGUUCUUCCAUAUUGCCAAGCAUUAUGUAAGUUUCCUGCACAUGUACAACAAUUACUUAUGGAGAGUAAUGGAAAGAGUACAAGCAUUGACGGAGAUAUGCUUCAUGAAAAGAUUAAGACUGGAGCCAUAUUUUUUGGUGAACCAGGCACUAAUGCUCAACAUAGUUUUUACCAAUUACUUCACCAAGGUAGAAAUACUACAAAUUGUGAGUUUAUUGGGUUCGUUAAGUCCCAAUGUGACUCUCAGAUUUUAGGUGACCCAAUUUCUAAUCAUGACGAAUUAAUGUGCAAUUUCUUUGCUCAGCCUGAUGCUUUAGCAAUUGGUAAGACCCAGAGAGAACUAAAUCAUGAGGAUUGUCCGGAAAAUCUGAUUCCACAUAAAUUAUUCCAAGGAAAUAGAUCUUCAAUCUCUCUCUUAUUACCGAUUUGUAAUGCAUAUUAUGUUGGGCAGCUUCUCGCAUUAUAUGAACACAGAACUGCAGUAGAAGGAUUUAUUUUGAACAUUAACAGCUUUGAUCAGUACGGAGUAGAGCUUGGUAAAGUUCUUGCUAAAGAUAUAAGAAACAUCAUUUCAUCAAAGAAGACAAAUUCUUCUCCGGAGAUCAUUCAGAAUAAAGAAGAGAAGAUCCCUGGUCCAACUAGAAGAUUAAUAGAUUUUUAUUUGAAGCAUUCCCUCGACUCAACGAGUUAA